AUGAUUGUGAUUGAAACCCUAAAGGUUCCUGACAAAAUCCCUCUGACAGAAGCUGAACUCGGUCAAACUGUGAAUCUGACAUGUGAUACAUCUGGUCGGCAAAGUGGGUUGUUUUACUGGUAUAAAAUGAAUUAUGGACAUAUGAUCCAAACAGUUGUUAGGGGCAUUUUUAAAGACUUAAUACUUGAAAAUAACUUUACAAACUCAAGGUUUCAAGUAAAAAAUAUGGGAGACAAAAAUUUGCUCAUCAUCAGAAAUGUCAGCAAAGAGGAUGAAGCAACAUAUUUUUGUCAGACAGGAGCAGCAUACCAGCCGAAAUUUGUUAAUGGCACAAAUUUGAUUGUGAAUGAUUCUCAAAAUAAGAAGUCUUUUCAUGUGAAACAAACUUCAGACAUGAAGUCGAUUUUGCUUGGAACCAGUGUGACUCUACAGUGUUCACUUCACUCAGAGGAAAAAGAAAAACAAAGCACAGACCAAUGUGCAGAUAAACAUGACGUGUUCUGGUUCAGAGCAGAAUCAAAAUCGAAUCCAGGAUUCAUCUAUGCUGAUAAAAAAAGUUGCAAUAAACUAGCAGGAAGCAGCUGUGGAUACCGUCUGGCUAAAACUAUACGAAGCUCCUCGGACACUGGCACUUACUACUGUGCUGUGGUCACUGGUGGGGAGAUCCUGUUUGGAGAAGGAACCAAAGUGGAGACAACUCCCAUUAACAGGCCAAACGCUUAA